CGCCGACCAACGCAGCUCCCCUGCGCCAUGGACGCCGUCGCGUUCCCCCCGCCCCCCGCGCCCUUCCUCGACGACGACUUCGAUUUCGGCGACUUCACCUUCGCCUCCGCACCCGCGCCCGCCGCGCCGCAGCCGGCCCUCGCCGAUCCCCGGCCGGACACCUUCGCGGCCUUCGACGACGACUGGGGCGACUUCGUGGCGAGCGAGCUCGGAUCCAACGCGGGCGCCCCCGCGCCGCCCACCCCUCCGACGGCUACCUCCGACGCCGCUCCCUCCUCCUGGGAGAAGCCGCGGGGCCCGCUCCCUCUCUCCCUGUUCGGCGCCGGCGACGACCAGGAGGAGGAAGGACCGGGGGGACCGCUGCCGACGGAUACGGCGCCCCAGCGCGCCGCGUCCUUCACCACCGACGGAUCGAGGCCAGCGGAUCUGAAGGACCUCAUCGCCGGCCUCUACGGAUCUCAGCCUUCCCCCACCGCCGGCGCUGCGGAUGCGGGUCCGCAAGAGGAGGCGGAGGAUGGCGAAGGGCUCGGAGACGAUGAUUGGGAAUUCACGGCGGCGACGGCGGAACCUGCCGAUCAGGAUCGAGGCGGACGAGCGCUUGGGGAUGGGAUUGGAAAGAUUGAGGGUAUAACAAAAUCAUUGAGCACUGACCAGGAAGUCCAGUCAUCGUUAACCAGUGUUGAUGAAAAAUUGAACCAUUUUCGUCAAACUACUGUUGAUAUUGGGACUCAUGAGUCCACGGGAGAAUGUGUGAAGGCCUCUGGUUACUCUCCGCCUAAUAAUUCAGCCAUACUCAACCUGUACGAAGAGAGUGUUCGGGCAGAUGUUAUUCGCAUUGAAGAAAGCUCUGCAGAAAGUGUGCAGAAUUCGUAUGAUUUGUUUUCUAACAAUGAAAUGAACUCUUCAUUUGAAACAGAUGAAAACCGUUCUAGUAGCUCAACAGGUGAUUGCAUUUUGAUUGAAUUCUACCAUAGGUUGAAAGAAGAGUCCUUGGCAUUAGUAUUCAAGCAUGUGAAGGAUCUUAAGGCAGCACAGAAGGUUUUUACACUGUCUGGUGAAAACAGGAAAGCAACAGCAAUCGGAAGGGAGAUUCAGGAAAUAUAUGACAAACUAAAAGAUUCUUCACUGCCCAAUGGCUUUUGCACAGAGGAACAUCCUAGGGAUGUAUGUAUAACAGAAGUGCUUAACUGUAUCAAAGAGGAACAACUGAAGGAUUUUGAACAAGAGUAUUGUUUAGCAGAAAAGAUUUCACGGGCAAUUGAAGAUACAAGUGUGGCAGUUGAACUUUACAAGCACAGUGUUUCCACCCUUCAUACAUUGGAGCUAGCUUCCAGAAAGGAACAAGGUGACUAUGUCGGUGCAUGGUACAGUAUGCUUCUGCCCUGUGCCCAAGAAUUGCAGCAUGGUGCAGCGAUUUGGCAAAAAUCUUGUCAUACAAAUGUCUGCGACCAAGUGAUUUCUGAAGGUGGUCGUUACUUUAUUGCUCUUGGGGAGAUAUAUAGAGUUGCACAGAUUUUAUGUUUCUCCAUGCAGUGUUUCAAGCCUUGGGUUCUUGCAGAUCCUGGAAUGUUGAGUAAAAUGCUGGUUUGUUUGGACAGAUGUAUUAAUGCUUGGACAAGUGGUUUAGAAAUGGCUCUUAAAAGGGUUGUUGACAGCAAUCACUUAGAUGCAUCUGUGGCUAAACCUCUUUUGGAGUCCAUCAACAAUAUUAAUGAACUUGAGGUGCCCAGUCUACAAAAUUUUCUUCCCACCAACAAGACAACAUGUAGACUAAGCCUCCUCCCACCCAGUUCUGUACCAGGAAUGAAGUUGAUCAUGUGGAAUGGCAAUCACUAUAUUGUUAAAGUUGCAAAUUUGUGGGCAAAUUGGAUAUCUUCUUAUCCUCCGCAGAUGUCAGUCACUCCUGUCGUUGAGGAACAACGCAGCAACACUUACUAAUCAUGCUGAAUAACCCAUCAAACUAGUGACCUAUUCUAAUGAAAGCAUUGGAAGCUUUUUGAGUAAAAAUUGUUCAUUAAGUUGCCCUGGGCACAAUAUAGAGUAAGGGCCCUGCCAUCACAGGGCUGGAGGACCGGUCCACAUGAACUACUGCUUUUUUUUUUUCUGGUACAAAUUGUAGCCUCUUUAUACCAUUCCUUCCAUAGUGCCUGAUAAUGGCACUAGUAUAGCAAGCUAAAAGGAUAUGUGCAGUUUCGAACAUUGUUGUCUGAACAUUGUAAAGGCUGGAGUGAAGCGAUCAACACAUGUAAGUGAUCACGAAGCAAAUGAAUUUGUAUAUUACAAGCUAUGAGUAGUUGAAUACUUGAAUACAAAGAGAAAGCUGUGAACUGUUUUGCUA